AUGACCGGGGACGGGACAGAGAAGGAGGAAGAAUCUGCAGGGCCAACGGCUGACUCCCCUACUAAGCCUCUCCUCCACUCUACUCUUGCAGCCCAGAAUCUGCUUGUGUCCCUGGUCCUGGUCCAGCUGGCCCGGCCCGACCCCAAUCCCAGUGCUGCUACCAUCUCUCAGACCUACAACCUGGCCCGGCUGCUGCAGGCCAACACCACGAAGCUGCUCAACACCUACCUGAGCACCCAGGGCUCCCCGUUCAGUGACCCCGGUUUCAGCGCCCUGGGGCUGCGGUGGGCGGGGGUGCCGGUGGCCACCUUCCCGUUCCUGGCCUGGCGCACCAUGGGCGACUCGGAGCGGCUGGCGCGGAACUACGGGGCCUAUGCCACCUUUGACGCCUUCCUCCAGCUGGUGUGGGAUGACCAAGACGAAUUGUGCCCCAACUGCUCUGAGCUGCUGGCCAUGCUGGGCACUGCCCGGGCCCGGACUCGAGGUCUCCUGGCCAACCUGACCUCCAUUAUGGCUGCCAUGGGCAUCCCGACGCCCCCGGCCACAGACCCCUUGACCUCAGAGGCAGCUGGGGUGGGGGCAUUUGAGAAGAAGUGCCGGGGCUACGUGGUAUGCCGGGAGUACCAUGGCUGGGUUGACCGGACUGUGCGUGACUUCACCCUGCUCAAGGCCAAGUACCCAGCCUAG